AUGUCUACACAGAGAUCAGAGUCGCCUGCCAAAGUACCUGGGGAUGGACAGAUCCAAAAUGACCUCACCAUGCUUGAGCCUCACAUUGAGGCACUCUUUGACGGUCACCCGUACAAAGACAACCUCACUGUUGGUAUCGUGGACAUGCAAACACCAUAUGCGUUCGUUACAAAUGCAAAUGGCAAACUAGUUCCUAUUACAGAGGAAGGGGAGAACCCGGCGGGGAAAUGGAAAAUCCUGUAUUGUCACUGUAAAGAACAGGAUAUAGUGUUUCAAGCGUACGAAUAUGAUCCGCCAGAUCUCGUUCAGUGGGUUACGGAGGUGAAAGCGGGAUUUGACCGCGAGGAUAAGGAUGAGAAGAAGCGGGCUAAGGCAGAGGGCCGGACCUCCAUAUCGAGGUUCUUCCGUAGAAUAACCCCGUUCUUUUGA